AUGAUGCUGAUUCUUCAUGUGCUGAUACUGUCACUUCUCUCUGGUGGUUCAGCUGAAGUUGUGACGGAUUUUGAGAGUAAAUGUGGUCAAUUUUUUGCACAUGGAAAAUCACCUACAAAAUUUACUGGAACACAAUACAGGCAGAUCUGCCAAACUCUAAAUAAUGUUGUUUAUUUUGCCACAUUUUAUGACACAUACAACAAGAUCCCUGUGUACUCAGCCUACAAGUUUGAAGGGUUAAUGACCUGCACAAGACUAAACAAGUGGUACAUUGAACCUCAAAUUGAUGACGUUAUGAAAGGAAAAAACAUGGAUUUUUCGAGGACUGUGAAUAUAGAUAGACGUGGAGACAAUCAAGCUCUCAAUAGAGAUUAUGAUAAUUCUGGCUAUGACAAAGGUCAUCUGGCACCAGUCUACCUGGCAAACUCACAGGGCUGUGCUGAUGCCACCUUCACUCUCACCAAUGCUGCUCCACAAGCCAAAUGUUUUAACAGAGUUUUUUGGUGGGAUGAAGAACAAUCACUGGCGAAACAUCUGGAAAGUACUUGUCGUUUACAAACUGUUUACAUUGUGACAGGGGUGGUACCAGGCAUUAAUAAAAUAAACAACAGAGUGAAUGUGCCUAGUCAUUUCUGGACUGCAUACUGCUGCUUAGACAAAAAGAACAGAUGUAUAGUCUCAGGAGGAAUUAUUGGAACCAAUGAAAAUGACUCCACAAUUAGGAAAAUGGAUGUGGCUGCUUUAGAGACAGAGUUGCAAAACCUAUAUGGAAAACCAUUUAAGUUGUUUCAAUAA